AUGUUGACCCAGGAAGAAGACAUGUGGGCCAAGGAAGAGGGAUUACUGGUCUGGAAAGAGAGAAAGUUGUCCCAAGAAGAGAUGGAGUUGGAUGAGGAAGAGGAGGAACUAGCCAGGAAAAAGGAGGAACAGACUAGGGAAGAAGAGGAAUUGGCCUGCAAAGAGGAAGAGCUGGCCUGGGAAGAGGAAGAACUGGCCUGGGGAGAUGAGGAAAUGGCCUGGGAAGAGGAGGAGAUGCCCUGGGAAGAGGAGGAGAUGGUCUGGGAAGAGGAGGAGAUGGCCUGGGAAGAGGAGGAGAUGGCCUGGGAAGAGGAGGAGAUGCCCUGGGAAGAGGAGGAGAUGAUCCAAAAAAAGAAAAAACAAGCUAGGAAAGAGGAUGAACAGGAGAAACAAGACCAGAAAGAAAGGCAGGCUCAGAAAGAGGAGAAAGAGGCUGAGGAGUAUAAACAACCAGCCUUGGAAAAACAGAAACCAGACCUAAAAGAGGAGGAAAAGGUUGGAGCAAUGGAAAAAUUGUCAAAACAAAAAGAUAAAGAGGCCUGGAAAGAAGAGAGGAAAGCUUGGAAAGAGAAGAGAAGGUCAAAGAAACAGGAAAAGAUAACUGAGGGGAAGAAACAACAGCCUUGGAAAAAAGAGAAGCUGGAGUUAGAAGAGAAAGAACAAGCUGGAGAGAUGGAUAAAUGGUCACAAGAAGAAAAGAAACAGACAACCGAGAAACAAAAACAGUGGACCAGGGAAAAAGAGAAACAGACACAGAAAGAGAGAAUAAGGGGUCAGAAAGAGGAGAAGUGGUCUCAGAAGGAGGAGAAAAAGGUUGAACAGAUAAAACAACGGACCUGGGAUAAACAGAAAUUGUCCUUCAAAGAGGAGGAGCAGGCUAGUGAAAUGGAGAAACAAUCCCAGGAACAAGGGGAAGAGAUCAAGGGCAAAAAGGAAAGGUUGGAGAAGAAGACACAGCCCAUCUCCAAAAAAAAGGAAGACAUACCUCAAUGGGAAACAUUUGUGGCCCUGUUCUAUGUCUUGCGGAUGUUGCAGCAGCGAUAUGCAAAAGACAGUACUACUUGGAUGGAACAGUUCUACCAGCUCAUGGACCUGUACCAACUUAAGUCCCCUCGAAUCCAGAGACUACUAUUAGAGUUGCUACACAGAGAGAAACCUCAACCCCAAGAGACAACCUACAAUGAGGCCUUGAAGACCAAGAAGCUAGUACUUG